GUCACACCUUCCUGGCAACAACCCCCUCCCCUUCAUCUACAUAACCGAAAGUCCCUUUCUAGCCCAGCCCUUUUGUGACGCCAGGUGGCUCCGCCCAAUCAUCGGCUUUUAAAGGGCCACAACCCGGAAACGACUGAGGUGAGAAGGUCGGAGAUUUUACAGUCUUGGCAAGUCGAUUGAGGCGGAGUCGACGGCUGUUCAACCUGGCAGAUUACUCGCUGGGUUUCAUUUCAUGCCUAUAUGUUAGCCCAGUGCUGAAGUGGAGCAUGCUGCUUGCAACUUCAGUGUGGAAGGAAGGCCAUUUAUACACUCCUGUGCCUGACUCAUGUUUCAAGCAGGAGUUUGCAUUCAUUCUUAAAAACAGGUAUUGGAGUGUUUUGGUUCAUGGAAGACUAUGAACAUACCACCGGGAUGUUACAGAUCACCAGCCAUUUGGGAAUUUAGAGAGGAAGAGGAUGUCAUUUGAUUCUAGAAUUUUGUGAGAUUCAGCAGCAAGCCUUGCGUACCUUUCAGAUAUGUAUGUUUAAAAAUGAUUUCAUACCUUCCUUCGUUUCUUCAGAGGCUUCUUGACCUUUAAAAGACAGCUGCACGUAAACAGUGGUCCUGUUUCAAAUGAAAUUCAAAUAACUGAAUCCUUAAUCUGUCUGUGAAGUCAAAUACAAAGCAUUCUCACAGUCCCCUCAGUUGGAAAAAUGGUCCGGGUGUUUGUCUAUGGAACACUAAAGAAAGGCCAGCCAAACUAUCCCCACAUGAUAAAUGGGGUUCAUGGGACAUCCCAAUUCCAGGGCAGAGGACUUACAGUGGAGAAAUACCCACUAGUGAUUGCAGGCAAAUACAAUAUUCCUUAUUUGCUGAAUAAUCCGGGAAAGGGGCACCGUGUCACUGGAGAAAUAUAUUUUGUUGAUGAUCAGAUGUUGCAAUUCCUUGAUGAAUUUGAAGGAUGCCCAAACAUGUAUCAGCGUACUCCAGCAAAAGUUGAGGUACUUGAGUGGGAAAAUAAAAGUAGCACAUCUGAAAGAAUAUCACCAAUUAAAAACAUUCUGGAAUGUUAUGUGUAUAGUACUACUACUUAUCAGCCAGAAUGGAUGCAUCUCCCUUACUAUGAUAACUAUGAUUCUUUUGGGAAGCAUAAUCUUUCCUACGUCUUACGAGAAAGCAGAGAAUAAAAGUGGAAAAUCAAACAAUGCUUCCAGCUAUGAACACCUACCCAGAUAUUGAAGAACAUCUUUACUAUUUUAUACUAAAAUGCAGUCCUAAUUUACCUCUUCAGAAUAUAAUUGAACUUGGUUUUAAACUUCAUCUAGAAGACUAUUUGUGGGCGUGUGCAAGUAAAACUUCCAUACCAGCCAAAAAUGGACCAAGGGAGAAUGGGGGAAUCCAUUGAACAACAGAGAGAUGCCUUCAGAAUCCAACGAUCUGCUUUCCAAUGACUUCCAAAUGAACAGGAUGAUGAAAGAAUGAUAUGAAUGCCAGCACUUAUGAAACGAAACAUUUGUCUUGCUAAGGUUAAACAGGGUAAUUUAAAUAUUUCAAUUAUGUUAGAAUACUACCAAUAUUCAGGUAGUCAUAUCACCUCCCACAAUGAAUGGGGGAACGGCAUGAAUGGAAGAGGAGGCAAAAGUGAUAAUAGGCCUUAUAUUUUCAUUCCUUAGGGCCCAUUUUUGGUUAAUGAAUACUGUAUUUCUUACUCAGCUAUUGAUUUUAUUAUAUAUAAAUUGCCUCCUAAUGUCUUCUUCAGCUAUUUAAAACUGUAUUACUUAUUGUUGGUUGAAAGUUCUGAAUCAUCAAUAUUUUGCAUUUUUACCAUCAAUGCAUAAGAUUUUUAUAUCAGUGAUAUACCCAUUUCUUUUUUGUCACUGACUUCUUGCAAUGUAUAAUUUUCAUACAUCAUGCUGGUUUUCUUAAUAUGAACCUUCUUAAAAUUAUUAAUUGUAUAGUACCAAUGAGUUAAAAACUGACAAAAUUCUUAUAUUACUACUGGUUUCAAAUAAUAAGGUAAUAUGUUCAAAACUUUCAGAAUUCAUGGAUUUUGAUAUUGUCAAAAAUCACUAUUCUAGAGUUAUAGGACCUGAAACAUGUAGUCUCUUUCAUUUUUUAAAUGUGGCAAAUUCACAAGUGCUAAAAUAAAUCUAUAGCUGAAUAAAAAUACAGGUAGUCCUCGACUUAUGACCACAAUUGAGCCCAAAAUUUAUGUUGCUAAAUGAAACAUCUGCUAAGUGAGUUUUGCCCCCAUUUUAUGAUGUUUCUUGCCAUAGUUGUUAA